GCAAGAGGUCACAUGAAAUAAACAAUAUUCACUAACGGGCUGACAGUGUUCACACUCAUCCGCUAAAGCGUGGUGCUGUAGCUUUUGUUUUUUCUUCUUCUGUAUAUCCGGUAACCUCUGAAAUAAACGACAACCCGACGUUCUUUCUACAGUGUUUAUUACUUUUCUGUGUCGUUUAACCGCGUUCAUCGCAAUCUUUCCGACGGCCCUUGAAGGCAGCAGCAGGAGCUCAUCUGUUGGACACAGGGAAACUAAUCAGCAGCCAAGUAAAGACUUUUCAGUCCUGUUAGCUGCGAGGCUAGCGAGCUUAUAAAGUCAGCCGUCCGGACGACCACGGAAUACAGACUUUUUUAUUAAGUACACUGUCUCUUCUGCACAGUACACACCGUCCGAGCCAUGUUUUAGGAACGCCGUUUCGUUGCACUAAAAGUAGCAAGGUGGACAGCCUUUGGCCGGCCGAAGCUUGCGGCUAGCUCAUUAACGUUAGCUGGGGAACGAAGUGCAAGUGGAAGGCAAGAAAAAUGGAGCUGGACGACGUAGUCCUGUAUCAGGACGACUCGGGCAGCGCUACCAUGAUGUCCGAGCGGGUCUCGGGUCUGGCCGGCUCCAUAUACCGAGAGUUUGAGCGGCUCAUCGAGCGAUACGGAGAGGACGUGGUGAAGGAGCUGAUGCCGCUGGUCGUCGCCGUGCUGGAGAACUUGGACUCGGUGUUCGCUGUCAACCAGGAGCACGAAGUGGAGCUGGAGCUGCUGAGGGAGGACAACGAGCAGCUCGUCACCCAGUACGAGCGGGAGAAGGCGCUGAGGAAACACACCGAGGAGAGGUACAUCACCUUGGAGGACUCCCAGGACGGCGAGAAAAAGGAUCUCCAGUGUCGACUGGUGGUGUUGGAGUCGCACACGCGUCAGCUCGAGCUGAAAACUAAAAACUAUGCAGAUCAGAUUGGCAGGUUGGACGAGAGAGAAGUGGAGCUCAAGAAGGAGUAUAACACCCUUCACCAGAGACACACUGAGAUGAUCCACAGCUACAUGGAGCACCUGGAGCGGACUAAACACCAACAUGCAGUCACAGCAGCUGAGUCCUCAGAGGCAGGCGCACCGGCCAGAACACGAAAGGAGCGUCCCAUCUCCAUGGGCAUAUUCCAGCUCCCUGGGACUGAUGGUAUGACCUCUGACCUCCAGAGGGAACCUGUGGACACCCCUUCUGAGCCGUGGCGAUUCAACAACCUUAGCCACCCGCGGUCCAACACCAGCCUCAAGUUUGAGGACCACUCCUCUCCAAUCAGAGUGGAAGGGGAACGUUCGAAGGAGAAUUUGCCCAAUCGGGAGGCUGAUCAGGACCAGGAUGAAUUGUCCGGUUUCAACCGCGGAGGCUCCAAGUCCAGUACGCCAGCCAACCAGGGAAGUAUCUCCAAAAGUGGAACUCCUGUGUCCUCACAAGGUGGAGGCUCCAAGUCCAGUACGCCAGCCAACCAGGGAAGUGUCUCCAAAAGUGGAACUCCUGUGUCCUCACAAGGUGGAGGCUCCAAGUCCAACACCUCCAUGUCCUCUCAGGGUGGUACCUCUGAAUCCAACACCCCCACGUCUACACCCAGUGCUAACUCUCAGUCCACCAUGCCGGUAUUGCCUCGCGAUGGAGCAGCCACGGGAAUGAGUCCGGCGUCCAGCCUGGGUGGAGGGUCUGCCUCCGUCACACCCCUGUCCACUGCUGCCUCCGAUGUUGCCACGGAGUCUGCGGAACGGGAAGUCUCAGACGGGCUCAACAAGAACCUGGACUGGAGCAGGGGAAAGCUAGAGAACAGUAAAAACAUUGCGGCAGUGCAAGAGGGACAGCAGAGUCAGCAUGGACGUGAUGAUGGAGCAGACAACCGGGAAAAGUCUGAGGUGCAGGCCAUCAUAGAGUCCACCCCUGAGCUGGAUAUGGACCUCGAUGGCUUCAGAGGAGCAAGCACACCAACUAAAGGUGGCAUAGAGAAUCUGGCCUUCGACCGCAACACCGACUCUCUGUUUGCGGAGCUGUCAUCCGCAGGCAACGACCUGAUAGGAGACGUGGACGAUGGAGCCGACAUGCUGGGUAUGGGUCGGGAAGUCGAACAUCUCAUCCAUGAGAACGCCCAGCUGCUGGAAACCAAAAAUGCUUUGAACGUGGUGAAAAAUGACCUCAUAGGACAAAUAGACGAGCUGUCUUGUGAGAAGGAGGCCCUGCGAGGUGAGCUGGAUGCCGUCACUCAGGCCAAGUCCAAACUGGAGGACAAGAACAAAGACUUAGAAGACGAACUGAAGAAGAUUCGAGCAGAGCUUGAGGCCAAACAGAACGUCAAGAAUGACAACGAGGAUGAUAGCGAUGUGCCCACAGCACAGAGGAAGCGCUUCACCAGGGUGGAGAUGGCCAGAGUCCUGAUGGAGAGGAACCAGUACAAGGAGAGGCUGAUGGAGCUGCAGGAGGCCGUCAGAUGGACAGAGAUGAUCCGGGCGUCAAAGGAGAACCCAGCUCUUCCAGAGAAGAAGAAAUCCAGCCUCUGGCAGUUUUUCAGCCGUUUGUUCAGCUCGUCGGGUGCGCCCAAGAAGCCUCUGAUGGAGGCCCCGGUGAACGUCAAGUACAACGCACCCACCUCUCAGAUUCAGCCGUCCGUCAAGAAGAGGAGCAGCACCCUGCAGCAGCUGCCCAGUGACAAGAGCAAAGCCUUCGAUUUCCUCAAUGAGGAAGUGGCCACCGAUAACGUGGUGUCCAGGCGGGAGCAGAAGAGGGCCCAGUACCAGCAGGUCAAAGCCCACGUUCAGAAGGAGGACGGCAGAGUGCAGGCUUACGGCUGGAGUCUGCCGAAGAAACACAAAUCCAACGGUGGUCAGACGGAGAGUAAGGUGAAGAAUCUACCUGUUCCAGUCUUCCUCCGACCACUGGAUGAGAAAGAUGCUUCUGUGAAGCUGUGGUGUGCUGCUGGUGUGAACCUCUCCGGAGGUAAAACCAGAGACGGAGGUUCCAUCGUUGGGGCCAGCGUGUUUUACAGUGACGUGCCUGGACCAGAGAGCCCGAAGAAGAAAAUAGGAUCUCAGAGCAGCCUGGAUAAACUGGAUCAAGACCUCAAAGAGCAGCAGAAGGAGUUGCGGCAGCACGACGAGUUGUCGUCGCUGGUUUGGAUCUGCACCAGCACCGAGUCCACCACCAAAGCUGUGGUCAUUGACGCCAACCAGGCUGGAAACAUCCUGGAGAGCUUCUUCGUGUGUAACUCCCACGUCCUCUGCAUCGCCAGUGUUCCAGGUGCAAGAGAGACGGACUACCCAGCUGGUGAGGAAGUCGCUCCGAACGCCGAGACGGGACCGGCGGGUGACGCCGGCUCGCCGUCGACCGACAGCAGCUCGGCGUGUGGCGAUGGCGUGCUGGGAGGCAUCACCGUUGUGGGCUGUGAAGCAGAGGGAGCAGCAGCCGUUCCUCAGACAGCAGGCAGUCCAGGAGAAGGAGAAAGUGAAUCCCGACCAGCAGAGGAAGCCACCGAGGCGACGGAGGCCAGUGCGGGGCCUGCAGACCAAAGAGAGAGCCUGACGGGGGCCUACACCGAACACGUCUUCACUCAUCCACUGGGAGCUCAACAGACAGCAGAGGCUCCAGCCAACUACUCUCAGAGGGAGAGCGAUCUAUUGAAAGACGGCGUGAGUUCAAACCCCGACGUGGAGGAGCAGGACCUGAUGAGAGAAGAGGCUCAGAAGAUGAGCAGCGUCCUGCCCACCAUGUGGCUGGGGGCGCAGAACGGAUGUGUGUACGUCCACUCCUCCGUGGCCCAGUGGAAGAAGUGUCUCCAUUCGAUCAAGCUGAAGGACUCUGUGCUCGGCAUAGUGCACGUGAAAGGCCGUGUACUGGUGGGUCUCUCUGAUGGCACUUUAGCCAUUUUCCACAGAGGAGUAGACGGACAGUGGGAUCUGACCAACUACCAUCUGUUAGACCUGGGGAGGCCGCACCACGCCAUCCGCUGCAUGACCAUAGUACACGACAAGGUGUGGUGUGGCUACAGGAACAAGAUCUAUGUGGUGCAGCCCAAAGCCAUGAAGAUCGAGAAGUCGUUUGACGCCCACCCUCGUAAGGACAGCCAGGUCCGUCAGCUGGCCUGGGACGGUGACGGCAUCUGGGUGUCCAUCAGACUGGACUCCACUCUCAGGCUGUUCCACGCUCACACCUUCCAACACCUUCAGGACGUCGACAUCGAGCCCUACGUCAGCAAGAUGCUGGGUACGGGGAAACUAGGUUUCUCAUUUGUGAGGAUCACGGCGCUCAUGGUGUCAAGUAACCGGCUGUGGAUCGGCACUGGAAACGGAGUCAUCAUCUCCAUCCCUUUAACGGAGACAGCAAACAAGGUAACCAAGGCAGCGGCGAGCAACCAUCCAGGAAGCGUGGUUCGUGUCUAUGGCGACGACAGCAGUGACAAAGUGAGAGCCGGGACGUUUGUUCCGUACUGCUCCAUGGCUCACGCUCAGCUCUGUUUCCACGGUCACAGAGACGCCGUCAAGUUCUUCACCGCCGUCCCAGGUCACGCAGUUCCAUCUGCGUCCUGCGGAGCCGAGGCAGCAGGUGACAAGACGACAGAUGCCGCAGCUCAGGAGGGAACCAAGUCCAUGCUGGUGAUGAGCGGAGGAGAAGGCUACAUUGACUUCAGGAUGGGUGACGAGGAUGGCGAGGCGGAGGAGGGUGAGCAGCCCCCCGUCAAGCUGCAGCCCUUCCUGGCUAAAGCCGAGCGCAGCCACCUCAUCAUCUGGCAGGUCCUCGCCAGCGACGACUGAACUCUGACCUCGAGGCCCGAUUUGCCUUUUCUCUCAAACGGGCCGCCGUGGAUGGAGGAGUUAAUGUGGACGACUCCCCUCUUCAGACGGAGUUUAAUCAGCACUUUGUUUCUUCCUGAACGAUAACGAGCAGAAACUGAGAGUACUCGGUGGUAAAGUGGACUAGAGCAGUGCAAACAGAUUCACACAAACUGCAUGUUGUUGUUAUUUGUUCCUUUUGAAAAAAAAUAUAUUUUUUGAAUUUGAAUCUGUUAUAAUGCCUCUUCUCUAUCUUCUAAUAUCCUUUGAGGUAAAGCUGUUGUUGGAUACAGAACGUUUUGUUCUAUUUCUUCAGCAAAUCUAAUGAAUUUUCCUGCUGACAUUUCCGGGUUCCCUUCACUCAGUUCACUUGUUGUCUUGCUGUUGGAGUCGACAUGAAGCUAAGUCGGUCAAACUGAAUAAUCACCUGCGAGCUCCCCUGUUGCCUCUAAUAAUGUAAGACUGGGGCGAUCAUGCGUGGGAGCAACUCAUGAGCGCUCCUUGAUGAAUCCCAAAUCCUAUUUCAUGUUCUUGUUGUUUUUUUUGGGGAUUUUUCAUCCUUUGAGAACUUUGCUUUUGAUUGUAUGCAAGACAAAUUGAAUUGAUAGCUGGUUGUCUCCUGGUCAGGACUUGUUUAAGUCAAAUGCAAUACAUCAGCUUCCUCUGGUCAGCACGGCCCGCAUUGAUCUUAACAUUCAAGAUGCAAGUCCCAGUUUCUGUCUCAUGCGAGCUUCACCAUAUUUACAUUCCAGUCACGGAGCAAAGCAGCCGACAUUCUGAAAAAUACAUGUUCUGCAAUGUUCUGAUGAAGCCCAGAGGGUUGCCUAAUAACACUUACCUCUGUGCUGAUGAUAUUCCCCAAAAAUAUUCCAUCUGCUGCAUGAUGGAAGAAAGACGUUUCACCUUCAGAACAGCAGUAAGUGUCGCUAAACACGCGGUUGACCUUCGCCAUGUUGAGAGCCAUUGAGAGGCAAUGGAAAUAUUUGGCACCUUUGCCUUUCUAGAUCCCCUGACUUUACAUCUAGCGCCAUCAUCAGGUCAAAAUAUUAUUGUGUCCAAUACUUUCGUUUAUGACCCAAUCGCUGCAAAGCUAAUGCCAAUCCCAUCAGCCUCUGCUGUGCUUUGUGUUUAGUGCUAAUUAGCAAAUGUUAGCAUGCUAAUCUAAGACGAUUAACAUUACCAUGGUCAGUGUGAGCACAUCGGCAUGCUGACCUCAGCACUCAGCUCAGAGCACCACUGAGCUGCUAACGUGUCUUGUCAUUAUUUUUCAGAAUAUCAGCUCUGUGACUUGAAUGUAUUGAUAACACGUUAGAGGCACAAAGUAACUCCGUGACUGACGGAAUCCCGUUCACUGAACCCUUAAUUAUGGAAUGAAAAGCAGCAGCAGCGGCUACCACCACGCGCUGUAAAUCAGCCCGUCCUUGAUGUCAGUUUUAGUUGCUGAACGAUGUGUCGACCGCAGACUCGUAUUUAAUCCAAUAUAUCACGAGGAUGCUGUCGGUCCUCUGCUCUCAAUCUGACAACCAGCUGGUAGACACUUUAAAACGAGGUAUCGAGGCUUGAAAAGACUUGAUUUACUCUGCUUUUCUAGUGUGACAAAGUAUUUAUUUUUCCUUGAAAGAAUGUUUCUGCGCUUGCUACCAAAGUAUAAAGAAUUAAGGCCGGCUAGUUUCUCCACAUGCUGAAACAAUAACCGCGUCUCGCCUACUGUAGAGCA